GCUCGGUGGGCGAGCGAGCGAGCAAGGAGCCUGAGCGGAGGGUUUUGUUGCCGGGUGCGGGGGGGUGCAGUGAAAUUUCGGAGGUCGCCAUGGUACUCGAUCUGGACCUGUUCCGCAAGGACAAGGGGGGAGAUCCCGAGAAAGUCCGGGAGAACCAAGUGAAUCGCUUCAAAGACGUGUCGCUGGUGGAUAAACUGGUGGAGGCGGACUCAGAAUGGAGGAAAUGUCGGUUCCGUGUCGACAACUUAAACAAACUGAAAAACCUUUGCAGUAAAACAAUUGGAGAAAAAAUGAAGAAAAAGGAGCCUGUUGGGGAAAGUGAUGCUGUACCACAAAGUUUGCAAAACCUGGAUGACCUCAAUGCUGAAGUUUUAAGUGGUUUAACUGUAACUCAGAUCAAGAAAGUACGGAUUCUCAUUGAUGAAGCUAUUGGCAAAUGUGAUGCAGACCGUCUGCAACUGGAAGGACAGAGGCUAGACAGUCUGAGAGAAAUUGGUAAUAUCCUGCAUCCCUCUGUACCCAUCAGCAAUGAUGAGGAUGUAGACAAUAAAGUGGAGCGAACAUGGGGAGACUGUACAGUCAUGAAGAAGUACUCCCAUGUUGACCUAGUGGUAAUGGUUGAUGGUUUUGAAGGAGAGAAGGCGUCUGUAAUUUCAGGGAGCCGAGGGUAUUUCUUGAAGGGUCCUUUGGUAUUUCUGGAACAAGCCCUGAUUCAACAUGCUCUGCGGUGUCUGUGCAGCCAAGGCUAUACUCCACUUUAUACGCCAUUCUUUAUGAGAAAAGAAGUGAUGCAAGAAGUGGCCCAACUUAGUCAGUUUGAUGAAGAACUCUAUAAGGUUGUUGGAAAAGGCAGUGAGAAAUCAGAUGACAGCUCAAUUGAUGAGAAGUACCUGAUUGCCACUUCUGAGCAGCCAAUUGCAGCGUUUCACAGAGAUGAAUGGUUAAAACCUGAGGACCUCCCUAUUAAAUAUGCUGGACUUUCCACCUGCUUCCGUCAGGAGGUUGGCUCACAUGGCCGUGAUACUAGGGGCAUCUUCCGUGUUCACCAAUUUGAAAAGAUUGAACAGUUUGUUUUUGCAUCCCCUCAUGAUAAUAAAUCAUGGGAUAUGUUUGAGCAAAUGAUCGGAACUGCUGAAGAAUUCUACCAGUCUUUGGGCCUUCCUUACCGCAUUGUAAAUAUUGUAUCAGGUGCAUUGAAUCAUGCUGCAAGUAAAAAGCUGGAUUUGGAAGCCUGGUUUCCUGGUUCUGCUGCCUUCCGGGAAUUGGUGUCUUGUUCUAACUGUACAGAUUACCAAGCUCGAAGGCUACGAAUUAGAUAUGGACAAACCAAAAAAAUGAUGGACAAAGCUGAGUUCGUACACAUGUUAAAUGCUACAAUGUGUGCAACGACUCGUGUUAUCUGUGCUAUCCUGGAGAAUUACCAGACUGAGGAUGGUAUAGUGGUACCUGAAAAUCUAAGGCCGUACAUGCCACCAGGUUUGACUGAGCUGAUCAAGUUUGUCAAGACUGCACCAAUUGACCAGGAACUAUCUAAAAAACAGAAGAAGCAGCAAGAAGGAAGCAAGAAGAAACCUGCAUUCUCUGAUACCAGUUUGGAAAAUAAAGUACAGAACAUGUCUGUCCACAAUUAAUGAAUCCUUUUAAUUAAACUGUAAAAUUAUACUUCGUGUACUUAUGGUCCAAAAUAAUUACUCUUGUGGAUGACUUAUUUGUGACUGAGAUCCGUGUAAAGUAAAAUCAGAUAAGCAGAAUGUAUGUAAUAGUAAUAAUGUGCAUCUCCUGGACAGAUUAGCAUUUACUUGAAGUGGAGGAAAUUUUAAGAAGAGUUUGCUGCCAAUGUAUGUUCGUGGAAUGUGGAAUUUUAUCUCUUCAAUGAUUUACAAUAAUAAAUAACUGCUAAAUAAGCAUG